AUGGCUGGCGGUUCUGGUGUCCAAGCCGCUGCAAAGCAGCAGGCAGAGGAAAAGCAGCAGCGAGUGGCAGCCGCAGCAGGGAACGGCGGCGCAAGGCCGGGUGAGUCCGCCCCUGCUGCUGCUGUGUCUCCAGCAACAGGAGCCGCACCAAAGCAGCCUGCAGCUGCACCUGCAGCAGCAGCUGCUCCAAAGCAACCAGCCACUUCACCAACAGCAGCACCUGGUGGGUCUUUAAGAGCCCCAAUUUCGCCUGCUGGAGCGCCAGUGACGCCGUCCGCUGCUCCUGCUGUGCCUCCUGCCUGGCGUCUAGACGACCAGCAGCAACCCUCUAGCGGUGCAGGUGGGGGGGCUGGGGUGGCAGAGCGGAGUGCAGGGGGCAAGGGGACAGCUGCUGCUCCUGCUGUGCCGCCUGCCUGGCAUCUAGACGACCAGCAGCAGCAGAGCGACACAGGUCAGGGAGAGAAGGGCCUAACGGUUCUGGAGGUGGGGAACCAGAGCGCAGGGGGCACAGGGGCGGCUGAUGCUGCUGCUGGGCCACGGGGUGUGAAGCGCCCUGCUGCUGCGAUGACCCAGGCAGGUGGGGGGGGUGCGGUCGGUGCUGGGGGGGGUGGAGGGGUGGGGAUUGCUGUGAUGCCUGGUGUGGGAGGGCCUGCUCCCACAGGCUCUAGCCUUGGCGGGUCUACUCUCAGUAGCCCUGGGAUGAUGGGGCUGGGGGGGAUGGUGACAGCGAUGGAUGAGAGAAUGAUGGAGGUGGUGGUGCGGCAUGCACUGCAGGCGAGAGAGGAGGCGCAGAGGAGGGCGGUGCAGGAGAGUGCACGGGCUGUGAGGGACAUGCGGGGGAAGGUGGAGAGGCGGAGGAGGGAGGCGCGGCGGAUGGAGGAGGAGCGGGAUGAGCGGCUGAGGGAGAUGGAGGAUGCUGUGCAGGAGCUGGUGGCGAGGGCGGAGAGCCUUGAGAGGGCGGCGAAGGAGGCGCGGGGAGUGGCAGAGAGGGCAGAGAAGGACAAGGCAGUGCAGGAGGCAAGGAUCAGAGCGAGCUAUGAGGUACGUUGGGGAUGGUGUGUGUGGGAAGGUCUGGGGGACGUCGGGGGCAUGUUGGGGUUAUGUGUAUGUGGAGUGGCAGAGAAGGCAGAGCGGGACAAGGGCAACGAGGGCACCGUUGGGGUUCUGUGUGUAUGUGGAGUGGCAGAGAGGGCAGAGAAGGACAACGCAGUGCAGGAGGCAAAAGUCAGAGCACUGCUGGGAGACGACAAGGAGGGGGAGGCACCGGCGGAGGUAGAGCGGCAGCUGGAAGCGCAGCAGGCUGAUCUACUUGCGACCCUUCCUUCUCUUGCCUAUUCGGGCCUUACGAGGCGCCUCAAAAAACUCUUUUGGCCGUUACUAGAGGGGUACCCGCCGGACUCGUCCGCGAAGCACGAGGAUGCUGCGAAACACUCGUUUAGUCUUAAGAAGCUGUUUGGAGCGAAGUCGGGGAAGUCUAAAGAGGAGGAGGCGAAAGCGCGAGACGCGGAGAUUAAGUUUGUCUUGCAGGCCGCCGCGACGCCGUUAGCUUCGGUUCCGAAGCAAAUAAGUCUGCCUCGACCGACGACUCCCGAACUAACGCAGAACCAACGCACCACGAGGGACGUUCUAAAGAAGUACAUAGCAGCGUCGGGCGGCUACAACUCGCACAUGGCGCAGCAGGGCUCCGUGAUUUCCGGCCACGUCAGCAUCUGGGCGUCCGAGGUGGUCAUGGGAGACAAGACUGUCUACGCCGCCCCCACCGCGGGUGGCCGCGGCGGCGCUGACGUGUCAAAGGGGACGUUCCGCGUGGUGCAGAUGCCGCCCAACAUGUGGCACGUGGCAGUGGCCAUGGGCGACACGCGGAUUGACGCCACGUGUGACGGCGAGCUGGUGUGGCGGCGGAGCAGCUGGGGGCCCUCCACCACGGCCAAGGGGCCUGUGCGACCACUCAGGCACUUGCUAGCGGGCUUAGACCCACCCACUGUUGCAGAUGUGUUCGCAUCGGGCGAGUAUCAGGGCGACGAGGCCAUAGAGGGCGACGAGUGCAUGUGUGUGAAGGUGAUGGCCAACCCGCUCGCCCUCAUGUCCAUGAGCACCGGCGGGGGCAACGUGGGAGGCAAGCAGCAGGACGUGUGCGACGUGCUGGCCUACCAGGUGGAGGGCUUCUUCAGUAAAGCGUCAGGGCUGCUGAUUGGCCUGCGCGACCACCACUUGACCAAGACCAAGACGGCGAGCAACAGCACGAUCUACUGGGAGAGGGUGAUGGUCACUCGAGUGGGGGAUUUUCAGCCCAUGGAGGGAGGCAUGAUCAUCCCUCACAGCGGCCGCUCCGUGCUCUCUCUCGCCAAGCGCUGCGACGACGACUCGUCGGGGACGAUACGCGCGUGGGUGAGAGAAGAGUGGGGCGUGGAGUCAGUCACACAGGACGCCACGGCCAUGCAGGGGUUGCUAGCGCGGCCGGCAGAUUUGAUCAUGACGGCUAGCUCCGCGUCUUUGCAUAGAGGGUGA